AUGCCUCAUCGGUCGGACAUGUCAAGUCCCAACUCCCCUCCCGCGUCCACGCUCACCGGCUACAUGGAGCAGACUGUCUCUGCCCUCAGCUCCGUAGCCUCAUACAUGCGUUUACCUGCGCUGGCGUCCACGGGCAUCGCCGCCGCUGUGACCUCUUUGUUAUACUUUAAGCAAAAAGCUCUGAUAUAUCCAUCUCACAUGCCGCCCAAUUCACGGACAGAUGUACCGAGACCUUCACAGUUUGGAAUUCAAGACUUCGAAGAGCUUGUUAUACCUACCGAAGAUGGAGAGAAGCUCUCUGCCUAUUACAUCCGAGGACCCCGCAACACCAAGAAUUCCAACGUGACCGUGAUGAUGUUUCACGGAAAUGCGGGCAACAUUGGUCACCGCAUUCCGAUAGCAAGAAUGCUCAUCAACUACGUGGGCUGCAACGUCUUCAUGCUUGAGUACCGAGGAUAUGGCACGUCGACUGGUGAGCCCGACGAAACGGGGUUGAAUAUCGACGCACAAACUGGGCUGAAAUACCUGCGUCAAAGGGCUGAAACCAGCGGCCACCGCCUGGUUAUCUACGGUCAAAGUCUCGGUGGCGCGGUCAGUAUACGGCUGGUGGCCAAGAAUCAAGAGGCCGGCGACAUUGUUGGCCUAGUUCUCGAAAACACCUUCCUGUCCAUGCGGAAGCUCAUACCGUCCGUCAUACCGCCGGCCAAGUAUUUGACAAUGCUUUGCCAUCAAGUAUGGCCGAGCGACUCAACGCUGCCCAGCAUCCACAAAGUCCCCGUUCUGUUCCUGAGCGGUCUGCAGGACGAAAUUGUCCCGCCUAGUCACAUGCGCCAGUUAUACGAACUUUGCAAUGCCCCAGGCAAGCGAUGGAAGCCGUUGCCGGGUGGGGACCACAACUCCAGUGUCCUCGAAGAGGGUUAUUUCGAGGCCAUUGCCGAUUUUGUAGCCGAAGUUACAAGUGAGCCAGCCGGGGAAAAGUCGCGAACAUAG